AUGUGGGUCGUGAUCCCUCGUGGAAAUUGUCAGAAAUGCUCCUUGGCUCAAGCAUGCAACAAAAUAGGUUCCAGGUGUCGAUUACGAGCUUUACAUGCGUUGCGAGUUUCGCGCUGUGGCCUCUGGGGUGAUCUCGAGUCGCGAGCGACGCUGCCUGCAGCCGCUCUUGCACUUUCCGAUCUAAAGCAGAAACAAAUAUUUCCUGGUGUGCUCAAGAAAGGGCGAAGUUUUGGGAGCUGCGGUCUGACAGAGGUCGAGAAAGACUCUUCGACGACGAGCGCUUGGAGCGAGUGCAGUGCUGGCGAGAGCUGCGAGGCAGCUGCUCGUUUGGAGGCGUUGCUGCGAGUGCCGUUUGUGGCGCUCGGGCUGGACAUCAGCACCCAGAAUACCGGCUACGCGUACGUGUCUUCUGCAUCGCAGAUAAACCACUUGAUAGCUCUUGGGCAGGUUUCGACAACGCGCACAACUGGCACCUACGCGAAGGUGGCGCAGAUAUGCGAUCAGGUAUCAGCAGCGGCUCCUGUUGCUGCUGCCCACGAGCGUCUGCAACAGGAAGACACAGCUGGCUGCCCGUUUGUGAUCGGUGUGGAGGCCUACAUGCGCUGUUACACCCCCGGUCGUUUUCGCACCAACAGCCUCUUCCGGCUUGCCGAACUGAACACGCUCAUUGCCUACGAAAUGAGUCGACGGCUGGGUUGUGUGCACGAACCGCUGAGCAUCCAUCCAUCCGAAGCCCGAGGAUGGUUCGGACUCACCGGGCGUGCCCUGUACUCGGACGCUGCUUCCGAUGAGCACUCCGUCAAGGCGGUGGUGCUCGAACGUGUACGACCCUGGCUCGAACGUUCCAGCAGGCCGCUGUCGCCCGGUGUAGCGUUGCCAGACGCACAAGCUGCCGGGCACGAUACACGUGGGUCUGUGGAGCUUACCAGUGACUCGAUUGGCUACGACGAGAGCGACGCGUUCGUGAUCGCACAUUACACUAUGGUUUUGGAGCAGGAGCGUCGCGCGCUAGCAGAUCCUGCCCUCUACUUUGCAUUUGUAUCGGAAUAUGGGCCAUUGAUUCUCGCUCGAGCCAAAGCACCCGAAGUAAUUGCGGACGUACAUUUGCUAGCGAAGGAGUGGAGACGACGCGAACAAGAGUAUGCAGCGGCGACAGGUUCUCCAGGCGUAGAUCCUGGUCCGUUAUCGCCGACCAGGAAGCGUGGUCGUCUAACGAGCAAAGCACCAUUGACCUUGCCAGAGUUCUCUCGCUGGAUCGCCCGGAGUAGGCUUAGACGAACCUAUGGUGCGCGUUUCAUGGAACGUAUCGAGAAGGCUCGACGCACUUGGAUUCGUGAUACCAUUCGCAUGCACUGGGGUCUGCAGUCCGUGGUCAGCGAACUUCCGACGUGA